AUGGAGACCUCGCAAAGGGAAUUUGGUGACACGUAUAGGUCUCGAAACGAACGAAAGAGACUUAUAGCAGAGAUCCAAGCGGUUUUACAGAGUUUUGAAAAGGCGAAGGAAUGGGCUGACUUGAACAAUGCAUUGCAACGCCUGCAGAAAUGCAUAAGCAAGCCUAUCCUAACAUAUAUACCUCAAAAGGAAAUUGUUUGCAAGCGGCUAGCACAAUGCCUAAAUCCUCACCUCCCCUCAGGAGUCCACACUAGGACACUAGAGGUUUACGCAUCUAUUUUACAAAAAAUAGGGACCUCCGGAUUGAUAAAGGAUCUAGCCCUCUUCAGUUCCGGACUUUUCCCCUUUUUUUCAUAUUCUGCCACCUCAAUUCGCCCUAUAUUUUUAAACAUAAUUGAAUCCUUUUACAUUCCGUUAGGCAAGCACUUAAUGCCCUGCCUCGUGGGUCUCCUACUAUGUAUACUACCAGGGCUGGAGGACGAUAAGAGUGACUGUUUCGCCAAGGUACACGAGACGCUGAAUAGUAUUUGUGAUUGCGUGACUGAGGCACAUUUCAUGUGGGCCCUUUGGACAAUUUUACUGAAAGCUAGCAAGAUUAGAUAUUUUACGUUGAAAGUUAUAGCGCUGAGACUGGCACCGGGCGUACCAUCUCACUCGGAUGCAAGACUGAAAGUAUUAUUACCAAACCGCGAGACCCUAGUUCUAAACGCAUUGAUUGCUUCAUUUCGCGAUGAAUGUCCACUUGUAAUGCGAACAUUAUCAGAUAUGUUAGUGAACCACUUUCCACUGAAUUGGGUGAAGUUUACAAAGCGCGAGAAGCUUGCCCUAAUAGAGUGUACACUUGUGUUGGUCAACAAGGCGGAGUGGUCGUUUACCAGAAGUUUGUACAAGUGGUUAUUCAACAUUUCAAAUGACUUUUCUGCGCCGAUGCAUACGGGCGAAUACGACAGCAUGGCCCACGAGGCCAGCGAAGACAUGGGCAACGAGGAGUUGGACCUCGCGUAUUUUCGAAAGCACGUGAAGAGUGACUUUAUUGAGGCGAUUAAGGGCUUGUUGCAAAACAAGCCCAGUACAAUUGACGAGCUGAUGGAGCCAAUCAAGAUGAUCGUGUCUUUGGUAUCAGACAUAGAUUUGCAUGGUCUUGCUAACGAGGUAAUGCCCGACCUAUCGCUGCCAAUCCUAAAGUACGUAUCUUUCGACUAUGAUGAGGACGAAUGGAAGGUGGACAUGGUGAAUCGCGCCAAGAUGAUAUUUGAUCCCACCUUAACCCCUCCUCAUUUUAUAUUUGAGGCGAUUGGUAGGGGUUUCAGGGAGUUGGUGGAAGCGAACAAUUUGAAUACGACACAAGAGUGGGACGAGCUACUCCAGUUGUUGUAUAUAUACAUUGAGCAGAUAAUUUCCAACCCCAAGUAUUUGAUUACGGGCAUGAGAGGGCUACUGAAUCAGGCCUUUACGUCUUUGCAGUCUAUAUCAAUCGACGAUGAUAUACUGACGAACAUUCUGAUACUGGUGAAGGACAUUUUACAGAAGCUUGACAACGCAGUUAAAACGAGCCACUUAAUCGAUGAGGACUACGGAAUGGAGAAUGUGUUUUCAGAGUCAAUUGAGUUGCGUAGUUCCGUGAUAUUUUUUUUACAGCACUACUACAAGGAUGCGCUGGAUAAAUAUUUAGCGUCUUCGGAAUCUGAGAUAAAGGUGGUGACAUUGGACCAGCUAAACAAUUUGACGAUAAAUUUGGCCCGCCUAUCCCAGUUGGGUUGGGAUGGGGACAAGGUCCCCGUCUGGAUAUUUACGCUGGCGGCGUGUUCACAGAGCAGCAGUGACGUGUUUACCUGUCGUUCCGCCAGGACCCUGAUUGAGUUGAUGAAAUUGGACAACAGGGUUCGAAAGCAGUUGACCGAUAGCGGGGAUAUAUACAACAUAUCUAAGCACCUUUACUGCAUGUUGGACAUGAAGUACGAGACAUCUCACUCUGAGAUAGUAUUUUUACUGUUAGAGCUGCAUGAAUUAUGCAUUAGCACUCCAAGUGAGGUGGAGAAAACGUUGAUGGAGUCAUUGAGCGACACGCGCAGCGUGAACAAGAUGGAUGCGAUAUCCCGGUUUUCCGUUUUAUGGAAAUACUCGCACAUUCACUUUCCCAACUUUCCAGUGUUUCAAGAUGCAGUGGGGCUAGUAUUGGAUUUCGUCACCGAUAGGGACCCGCAUAUCCGUUACCAUGCUCGAUCGUUUUUAUCUGACGCAGUGAUGCACCUCCCCCACUUGGUUGACAGCAUUAUCAUCAGCCUGCUGUCUAUCGACGAAAAUUAUUCCGAGAUAGAGUGGGGUCCGCAUGAGGGCGGCGGGACGGACCGUCCCCUCACCAUGAGCGCCAGGAGCAACUUUUCCAACAAGGGACUCCCCACUGUGCAAUCGCCUUCGCCCAAAGAUACCGACAAGAUGGUUCACAUGUUCAAGCACCUCUCCUCCAUCCUAACCUGCGAGGGCCAGUCAACCACCGAAGCCAUGCAAAGGUCAAUCCUCUCGCCAAAUCUGAUGAAAGCCAUUGAGGCGUACCGGACGUCUAAGAUGCCAUCUAAGGUAACUGCCCAUGUCUGCCCGGCUUCCGCCGCCUACUCUGCCACCUACCUCGGAGCCCUAUCCAAUAUGGACGGCAAGAGCUGGUUCCCCCAGCUAGUAGAUGUUAACAACGACUCAUACGACGACGAUUGCAUAUUUGACUACGUGGAUCUGCUAGUAAUAAUUGCGCUCAAUUACAUCUGCAUUAACGUCGACAUAUCAUACAUCAUGCAGGCGGUGACCACGAACAAUCUUAAAAAAAUACACGGCGACUCCAUGGAUGCAACGAUGGCAAAAUCCCUUCUGGACUGCGGCGUACAGUCCAAUGACGAAGAUACGCUUGUUAUGUUCAGGUGCACUGCCAUAGAAUUCCUCAAACUGUUCCUCUCCACAAUCCAACCGACGGCGCGGGCAAAGGAGGUUUCAUGCCUAAUUUCCAGGCCACUCAUCUGCAUGUUGCUCUACUUUCACCUGCAUAGAGAGACGGUGAUACAGACGCAGCUGCUGCUGCUGCUGAAGGUGGUACUCUACAAAUCGCACUUAUCCGGGCCAUUCGUCAGCAGCUACACGAAGUGGCUAAUAUCAGUCCUGCGGAACAAACAGUCAGAGACGGACGAGGAGAUGACAGAGCUUGGUCUCUCAGUGCCCCCCUCAGCCGCCCCAUCAACCACAAAAUUCAGACUGUGGGACUUUGCGUUUGCCAACGACGAGGGGACGCCCAAUAUAAUCGCCGAUGGCUACGUCUCUGGAGUGGUUGAAGAUGCGAUUUUGAAGGCCAUAUCGGCCAAGGAGCAGAAGGUUCAAAACCUGCGCGCCCUUGGGGGGUGCGCAAUUUUGGGACUCGUACUGCGUCUGUGCUGCAACGGCGCCACCAUUGCCGCCGAUCUCCUAAACUCAUACGUCGAGUUUUCCCUCCUUUCCACGCGCUACAUGCCGCCAAGGCUCUUGUAUUCGUUCGUAUCCACGCUCAUGCACGAGUUCUGCCUGCAGCUCAAGGACAGGCAGGAUAUCGGGAUAGAAUGCAUGAGCAUUUACCUGAAGGGUCUGCUGGACCUCUGCGGCUGUGCAACAGGCAUAAUUUCGCAGGGCUCGGUGAGGCCCUGGGGCACCGAGCGCGGGACUCCGAGGUAUAGCAAUGAGCGCGCCACACCGACGGUUGCCAACCGCGACUCUUGGAUCCUCAAGCCAACGCUCUCCAUUUCUCACGCUGAGUGUAAGACGGAAGAGGCGGGCGGGCCCGUAGAGCCCGCCAGGUUCAGGCUGUGGGACGUGGUGGACUCUUGCGUACAGUGCCUCGCGUUCCUGGGGGCCGAGGGGGAGGGGGGCGACGCCUACUUCUCGUGCCCCAAGCAGGCCCACGCGCAGUCCACUUUCAUCCGGGCACGCGGGGCGGAGGCGAUGGGAGGGCAGGUGCUUUCAAUUUUCAACCUGCUUUACACUAAGCUGCCCUUAUACUUUGUGGAGGGCUGCCUGGCCACUUGGGGCAGCUGCUACCCCAAGAAGCAGGACCACACGACCGUGGCUAACGCUAAGAGGAAGAAGAAGGCGAUGCUGGGCGCGCUAAGUUCGAUGAAGGUGGACCUUCCGGGUCUCUGUUCCCACAUUUUGGACAUGUUUGAGAGCUACUGCAAGGGCGACAAAUUCAAAGAGACGAGCCAGGGUAUUCAUUUGUUGGCGUGUUCCGUGCGUGAAUCAGUGAUGAUGGAGUUUAUUAAAGAGUUGUUGAUAUUAUCUGCGGGUACAUACGUGUCCGAAGAGUCUAAUGUGGGCGGUAAGGGUGCGGCAGACCCUUCCGCAUCGGUGCUGGGUAUUGUGAAUAGGACGGCAUCGCUGGUGCUACGCUAUUGGCGCCAGCCUGUCAUGGCAAUAUGGAGUUUGCACAUGUACCUAAGCAUUGACAAGUUGAUGACAAUCCGCAGUAUCCAUUUGGAAAGCAAGCAGGCGCGUAAGCGCAUUUCAUCACUGGUUCUGAACGUGUUGCUGUGCGGUGCAAAGAGUUUCCACAAGACAGGGUCGUCUCUAUCGCCCUCGCAGUUUGACAUGGAGCCCCCCCUUCCGGCGUACUUGGAGCUGCUGGCAGACAAGAUCGGGGACCCGCGCGUGAUAGCCGGGGACGACUUACCCAUAUCUGACGGCGAGCUAUCGUCUACCAACAUAUACUAUUUGGCCUACAACUGCCUUGGGCAGCUUUUGUUGUUUUGCUACGACAUAUGUCACUUAAAGCGCACCUCUCCCCUGGCGGGUAUCGUGCUGCGCACACUGUGUGAGAAUUUGGUGGCAAAUGUGGUCCCGGCGCUGGCGAAGAAGGGGGGGAAAAGGCCCAGCGCGAGCGCCCCGCCUGGGGGCGAGGGCGGCACCCUGUACUCGAGCAUUUCCAUGGAUUUUUCAGACUUUCAGGCCAACCCGAUCAACACGCCUAACCAGUGGAGGUAUCGCUACCUGGCGCUACUGCUGGUGCGCCACCUGCCGUACAGGUUUUACAGCCCUUGCCUAUACUACAUGAAACAGCCCAUAGUGGAGAUGCUAAACUCGCCGGGGUUCUUCUACAUGGACCGGCGCAGCUUGCUGUGCCUAAUGAAGCUGGUGAGUACUAUAGUACAGGAGGACCUAAAGGAGGAGAAGGGGCUCGUGAAGCUAGACGCCUACGCCGUUCCGUACUCGACGUCGGUUUUUUCGCUGAAGGCGAAUGAGGCGCAGCAGCGCUGCAGCUGCCUGAAGCGGCUGAGCUUCGUCAUAUACAGCUGCGAGAACGACACCUUCGCCGGGCACAUUUCUAAGAUACUGGAGCGAAUAACUGAUAGCAUUCGGUACUUGGAGUUGGAGAAGAACGGGAUGGGGGAGGAUGAGGUGGCGCUGCAGGCUCAGAUCCUGCUUACCAUGCGCAUUUUGCUGCUGAAGAUGUCCCAGGGGUACCUAAUGGUGCUUUGGCCCGUGCUAUUAUCAGAGCUUAUAAAGGUGUUUGACCGCAACAAGCUGAAGCUCGCGCUGUUUUGCUCGAGCAUGGACGCGGUGGAUAAGGUCAUUUACAACGAUAGCGACGUGAGGUUGCUUUUGGAGGCGGUCAAGACAAUAAACGUAGCUUGCACUCUUCGACUUUACGACUUUCUCAUAUUUCAGUGGAUUUUUGUCCCCUGCGUGGCGCCGGAGCCGGAUGCGGGCUCCGAGGGCGCGCAGCCGCACUCUAGCGUCGACCUGAGUGGCGUGAAACUGGACAAGGCCUACAUUGAGCAAAACUUCCUUCCCUUUUAUACCAUUAUCAAGUACCUCUAUCAGAGGAAGGACGGCGUGCCUAUAGAGGCUACCUACCACGUGAGCAAGGCGAUAGCCCUGGGGCUAAACGAGAGCCAGGAUCAGGGCCGCGUGAAUUUGUCGCGAAUAAAUAGGCACAUUGAGAAUGACUUGAUGGAGCUGGACCAUGAUUUGGUUGACUUGUACCCUGAGAUUUCAGUUCACUCGAUCUACAAGGUCUACCACAAGGCCAGUCUCCGGCCGCUGUAG